AUGGUCCCAGGCGGUGGAGUAGCAGCCAUGGCAGCUCCUUCCGUCUACCUUCCCUCCUACUACGGGGCUCCUUACGGGGCCCCCUACUAUUCCGGGGCAGGGAUGAACACAUUCCAGGCCCCGACGGUGUGGCAAGGAGACCAUGUGGUCAGCGGGGGGCAGCCUGAGUGGGCGUCAGAGGACGCAGCGCAACAUGCUCUGAACCUCGCCAACUGGCGAAUCAAGCUGCUUCAGGCAAAGCUCGAGCAAGCGAAGCUCGCUUCCAAGGUGAUGAACGUGGCCGCUCCGGGAACAUACGAGAACGAGGAGGACGAGUACAAGACCAAGACAGCGCUGAAGCAGAUCAAGAACGGGCUCGUCUCUCUCGCCUCUUCCACCAGUGACGCGAUUUCUUCGCUCGCUGAUAAGGUGAAGCACAUCAAAGGACCGUCCAAGACGAAGCACAGCAACUACCUCAGCAAGUUGAGGCAGCUGAAAACCUCGACGGACCAGCAGCUCUCAGCUAUCCUCAACAAGAUCGACAGCAUCGCCAAGGACAAGUGA